AUGCUUCUUACGGCAAGUAAAGUAUUGGGAAUUACUGAAGUACUGGAUAUUCUCAAUUGCAUACUAUCUACAGACAAAAAGAAGAAGGGGACCCAAUCAACGAGUCCAAAAAGCAACAAUCUCGUCAAAGUCUCUUGUCGCCAUACUCUUCACAUCUCGAUCCCCCUCGUUUCUGAGAGCCUUGCGGAUCCGCAGUGCCUCUUUGAGGUCGGCUUCGCCUUCUUUGUACCGGCCAUCCUGCGUGCGCGAGAUCCCUCAUUCUUCGUAGGCGAGGUACAAUCUCUCACCCACAGUUCCCAGCUCGUUGCAGAUACUGGAAACCAAGUCAAGGGAAAGUUCUUUAAAGAUACGGCUGCCAUUGAAGUCGUUCGUGUCCAUCGCAAUAGACCCUAA